AUGAACCUGAUUCUCCACACGUGCACCCACGCCAACGACGGCGAGUUGCUGCGGAUGACCGACGACCAGAUGUACGCGGCGAUCUUCCGCUACAUCGAGCACUUGUUCGAGAUCAUCAAGCCCCGCCAGGUGUUCUACAUGGCGAUCGACGGCGUCGCCCCGCGCGCCAAGAUGAACCAGCAGCGGGCGCGGCGGUUCCGUACCGCUUACGAGAACGAGCAGUUGUUGAAGAAGGCCAUCGAGCUGGGCGAACCGGUGCCCAAAGAGGACCCUUUUGACAGUAAUUGUAUCACCCCGGGGACCGAGUUUAUGGCCAAGCUCAGCGACAACCUCAAAUACUUCAUCCACAAAAAGAUCUCCGAGGACAGCAAUUGGUCGUCGAUCGAGGUCAUCUUGCUGGGACACGAGGUGCCAGGGGAAGGGGAACAUAAGAUCAUGGAAUACAUCCGUACCAUGCGGUCACAGCCGGGGUACGACCCCAACGUGCGCCACUGCAUCUACGGGUUGGACGCCGACUUGAUCAUGUUGGGGCUCGUCCUGCACGACCCCCAUUUCGCUUUACUUCGGGAAGAAGUCACGUUUGGCCCCCAACGGACGAAAGCCCGCACCCUUAACGACCAGAAAUUCUAUCUUUUGCACUUGAGUCUUGUCCGUGAGUACUUGGAACUCGAGUUUGCCACGUUAGAAAACGAACUCACGUUUGAGUACUCGUUUGAGCGCAUUUUGGAUGACUUUAUUUUGAUCAUGUACGUGAUCGGUAAUGACUUUUUGCCCCAUUUGCCCGAUUUACACAUCAACAAGGGGGCGUUCCCGGUGUUGAUCGCCACAUUCAAACAGUUGUUGCAGCUGGCUGACGGUUACAUCAACGAGCUGGGUACCAUCAACCUCCGCCGGCUUGGCCUCUGGCUCCAGUAUUUGCUGGAGUUCGAAUUGGAAAACUUCGAAAAGUCCGACGUCGAUGUUGAAUGGUUCAAUCAGCAGCUUCAAACCAUUUCCCUCCAGGGUGAACGUGACCGUCAACGUAUCGGUAAGAUCAUCUUGCUUAAGGACCAGAAAAAGCUUGUUGGGUACGUCAAGCCGUGGCUCACGGCCCAAGCGGCCAAGCCCGUGUCUCAGCUCCACGCCGAGGCUGAUGCCGGUGAAACUCCUGAACUCUCGUUGGCAGGGAUCGACGUCACCGCUAACCUCGAUUUUGUCAAGGAACUUUGCCUUAAAACCAAUACCUUGGUUGUCCAUCUGCAACUGACAGAUACCUGGACCAUGCGUUAUGAUGUUGACGGGAUCAACCCCCACGAAACCGAGGAAGAGCACCAGCAACGGCUCCAAGAUGUGCGCUCAACGAUUAAGCAAUACCAGCUGGCUAUUAUCGUGGAAACUGAAGAGGUGAUGCAGCAGAAAAAGGAUCUUUAUAACGAAAAGUUCGUUAGAUGGAAGGACAAGUACUACAAGGAUAAGCUUGGGUUCUCGAUCAAUGACACCGACAAGAUGACUGAACUUACCGAACACUACGUCGAAGGUUUGCAGUGGGUGCUCUACUACUACUACCGCGGGUGUCCCCUGUGGAACUGGUACUACCGCUACCACUACGCCCCUCGUAUCUCCGAUAUCCACUUGGGGCUCGACGCCCUCAUCGCCCUGGGCAAGCCCAUCACUUUUGACAAGCUGCACCCGUUCAAGCCUUUUGAACAGUUGAUGGCGGUGUUGCCGGCACGGCUGAAAGCGUUGAUGCCUGUGGUUUACCGCCCGCUUAUGACUGAAGAAACCUCGCCGAUCAAGCUGUUCUACCCCGACGAAGUUGCCGUCGACAUGAACGGCAAAACGGCGCUGUGGGAAGCGGUGGUGCUUUUGGAUUUCGUCGAUGAGAAUAAGCUCUUGAGCUAUUUGAAGCCCGUGGAACAGAAAUUGCUGCCUGAGGAAACCAAGCGUAAUCUGUUCGGUCAACCGAUUUUGUUCUGCCACAAUCCGCAGAUCGAUAACGUCCACCCGCUGCCCUUGCCCGGUCACUUCGCUGAUUUGGAACACGACCAGUGUUAUGAAAAAGUGUUUGAAUUGCCGCCAGUGUCGGGUGAAGCGACCUUGGGACCGGUGGAAGGCGCCUUCAAGGGUACUCAGUUGAAGGCUGGGUUCCCCACUUUGGAAACGGUGCCGUUCGCGUCGAAGUUGGCGCAAAAUGAAACUAAGGUGUUCAACUUCCCGCUGAAACAAGAACUGAUGGUGUUGGAAGUAGACAACGUGUGGGAAGAUAUGCUGACGUCGCAGUUUGCCCAAGCAUUUGUCGGCAAGUUGGUGUACUCUCGCUGGCCUUUCCUUAGAGAAGGGCGCGUGGUGGAAGUGGUCACCGCUGAUAAGACCUGGUUGCGGGCUCAGGGGAAUGUUCAUAGCCGUGAUAAUCUGCCUGACGAAACUAAACAGUUCAAGCGCGAUGUUAGCGACUUGAAGGGUGAGUUCGCCAACCGGUACGCUGUGUACUUCAAGCAACCGUUCGACACGUUGGUGAAGAUUCAGCCGGUCACGGGUUUGAUCCGUACGCCUAAGGGGGCUUACGUGAAGACCUUCGCUAAAGAACUGGAAGCAUUCCCGUUACAAUUGGUCGUCAAGGAAGUGGUGAAUAAGGACGAACGGUACAAGCUGCGUCCUCCCGUGCCCAUCGAAACUGAAUUCCCCGUUAAUUCGCAAGUGGUGUUUAUGGGUGACUACGGGUACGGUGCCCCCACCACCAUUUUGGGCUACAACCAGGAACACACCACCCUCAGUGUGCGUAUUGCUAAGAUCCCUCAUGGUAACGAACCUAACAUCGGUAAGGUUCGCGCCAAUAAGGAACACCGCGAGUUUGUCUACCACCCGCUGUUUGAAGUGGCUAAGCAUUUGGGGCUCCACCCGCUUUUGCUUUCGCGUAUCGCCUCGGUGUUCAUGGUGAUUGAUGACUUAACCAACGCCACCAAGGUCAACAUUGGUCUCGACAUGAAGUACGAGCUGAAGCGGCAAAAGGUGUUGGGCUACACGCAAAAGAAGGAGCUGCUGAAGGUUUGGGAGUACCUGCCGUUGGCGAUCGACUUGAUCACCCGCUACCGGGCCCAGUACCCGAAGAUGUUCACCCGGUUGACCAAGAUCAUCCUGGACCGGUCCGAGAUCCGGGCGCUGAUGCUCUUUGACAAUGCCGAUGAAGUCAGAGACGUGAAGAAAUGGUUAGGUGCUGAACGGGCUAAGUUCCAGGUGGUGUCGCUUGAAUCGCAGCUGUUGACCCUGUUCUCGUUCGAAGCCAUCGAGCGGUACAUGGAGCACUACGUGGCGAUGCCUCAACCAGAAAACUCCCGUGACGUUCGUGGCGUCCCUCGCGAAGCGGUGUUGGAUGCGCUGCUGCUGUUCCAGUUGUUGCUGCUGCAACGGUUUGCUCUUGGUGACCGGGUCAUCUACGUCCAAGACCUGGGUAAAGUGCCCAACUUGCUGAAGGGUACGGUGGCGCUGAUCAUCACCCAGGGUGCCAAGACGCUGUUGGAGGUGAUCUUUGAUGUUCCGUUGUUGAAUGGUGGCACUUAUGGUGGUAAGCUUAAGACGAAGCGGGGGAUGACCGUCGACCUGUCGCUUGUCCUCAACUUGCUGAACCCUCAGUUUGUGUACCACACCAAGGCCAGUAAGGCCAAGGCGCAAAAGAAGUCGACUAAGGGCCCCAACAGCCACCCCGUUCAUCACCAAGCCAACCACCAAGGUGGUCACCCGGCGAAGCCUAACCACAACCAAGCUAAGGGUCCCGCUGCCGCUAAGCCUUCAAACAAAAAAGCUCAACCGCCAGCUCAAGGGAAGCCUCAGGCUAAGCCGAAGGCCGCGUCGCCUCCUCCUAAUCCGGCGGAGAACGCGCAACAGUCGCAUGAGCUUUUAUCUAUUCUCAAGGGUAAAUCUAAGGAUGAGCCUAAGGAAGAAGCUAAGGACAGCAACGCCAAUGUGGCGGCGAUGAAGCAGAUCUACGGGCAAAUCUACACCAACGUGAUGAGUGAAGGUGGCCAGCCUCCGUUCAUUCCUCCUCAAGGGGUGCCGCCUCAAGGGGUACCGCUUCCGGGCGUACCUCCUCAAGUGGUGCCGCCUCAAGGGGUGCCGAUGUACUACCCUAUGGGGUACCCUGCUGGUUUCCCUGGUGGUCCCGUCCCUCCUGCGUUCUACCCUCCCGUGCCUGGUCAACCUCAACCCGGUUUCCAACCUCCUCAAGGACAAGGGCAACCUCAGAACCAAGCUCCCGGUCAAGCUCCAGGCCACUCGAGCCAGUCUCGCGGCCGCGGCGGUCGGGGACGCGGUGGAUUCCGUGGUAGAGGCAACGGUCGUGGUGGGCGUGGUGGACGUGGUGGGAGCCGGUCUAACCUGGCCACCCCCCGCGGCUCGCCUGCCCCUUCCGGCCCCGCUGCCACUGCUUGA